AACCCAUCAUCAGACGAAAAAGAGACCAAUAACAACGUUAGUGAUGGCACUGUUGAAUCAGAGGAUGAAAUCCUUGUGGCAGAUCUCAACGCUCCUGAAGGCGCGUCCUCAUCUGAAGAGGAAUACGAUCUGACAGCUGAGGAUGACAAUGCUGCUCAGAAGAAGAUCAGCAAACGCGUAAUAUUGAACGCUUCGGGUGGACGCAAAGCUGUUAGCAAACGACGUCUCCCUGAGGCUGUCGAUGAUGACUCCGACUCCAGUCUCGAUUUUGAUGACAUGGAGAAUCGCGUAUCUGACGCCAGUGACGAAGACGGUUGCCAUAGACGGCGCAGAAAUCUGAAAAGAGGUGAUGAUGAAGUCGACAACAAUGAGGAGGCAUCUAAAUUGGAGAAAGCAAAGAAAAAAAAAGUGGCUAUGCGAAAGAAGGCACAAUUGAAGAGACAGAAGCAGGAGCGAAAUCGAGCGAGAGUGAAAGAUUUGUGGACGGGAGCUAAUGAAGAUGACUCUCGGUUUGACGUCUUUCUGACGGAUCCAGCGUUCGGAGUGAGUCAGUUGCAUCGGGACUACAAGGAGGCUGGCGAAUUUCUCAACUUCAUGCGGCGCCGACGAGAGCCUCUGUUGAGGGCUAAGAUGAGGUCGGAGGAUGUGAAUGAUUCAUAA